AUCUACUGCCACAUUUCACAAUAACAGCAGUAAGACACGCAUCACCGGGCGACCCACAUCACGACAACAUGGCCAAGGCAAGGAAGUACGUCGUCAAGAACCACUUCAAGGGAGUCCCGAAGCGGUACGACUUCGACAUCAUCGAGUAUGAGCUGGCCCCGCUGAGGGAGGGCGAGAUCCUCGUGAAGACGGAGUGGAUCAGCGUGGACCCCUACAUCCGCGCCUACAACGCCGCUCGCAGCGUGCCCUACGACCAGUUCAGCUUCCAAGUGGGCCAGGUCCAGGAGUCCCGCGACCGGGACUUCCCCGUCGGCUCCCGGGUGGUCUCCCACCUCGGCUGGCGUGACUACACCAUCCUCAGCAAGGACAAGACCAGCAAGUACUACGACCCCAGACACCCGCACUACAAGCUACCGGAUCUCAAGGGCUUAUCGCCUUCUCUAGCGGUCGGUGCUGUGGGUAUGCCCGGAGCCACCGCGUACUUGGGGCUGCUGGAAAUCUGUCAGCCGAAGAAGGGAGAGACUGUAGUGGUGACCGGCGCGGCUGGUGCUGUUGGCUCCAUCGUCGGUCAGAUCGCCAAGAUCAAGGGCUGCAGAGUCAUCGGUUUUGCCGGCUCCGACGACAAAGUGGAGUGGCUAGAAAAGGACCUCGGUUUCGACAAGGCCAUCAACUACAAAACUUCCGACGUGGCUGCGGCUCUGAAAGAGGCUGCUCCUAAAGGCGUCGACUGCUACUUCGACAAUGUUGGCGGAGAGAUCAGCAGCGUCAUCAUCAGCCAGAUGAACAUGUUCGGGCGCGUGGCUCUGUGCGGCUCGAUCAGUUCUUACAACGAGGACGCUAGCAAGAUGCCCAAGGCGUCGAUCCUUCAGCCGUCGAUCGUAUUCAAGCAACUCAAGCUGGAGGGCUUCAUCGUCUCUCGCUGGUUCGACCGCUGGCACGAGGCCUUCGCCGAGAUCGUGCAGUGGAUCCACGAGGGGAAACUCGUGGUCCGAGAGCAUGUCACGGAAGGCUUCGACAAUAUUUACGACGCGUUCAUCGGAAUGCUAGCCGGAGAGAACACCGGCAAAGCCGUGGUGAAGGUGUAAAUGACGUUUGCUGUAAUUUAUUGUUAAGUAGGGGUAUCUUGAUCUUACCGUUAGGAUAUUUAAAAUCAGAAGUUUGUAAUGUGUGAGUUAUGGAAAGAUUGAUAUUGAAAUAAAUCUGAUGGUUGACUGCCGAA